UCGCUCUGUUAAUGAGUAUGGCUCUCGGUGAUCAUUGUACAGGGAGGUUAGUGUGUACCAGUGAGGGUGGAUCAAAGGGACUUCGCCUUGACAACUCCUGUAACUCAUCGAUUUCUCCCUCAAUACCGCAGUGCUGCUGAAGGAUGCAAGGCAUCAUCAUUGUGUGGCUUUUGGUGUGUUCCCUGCCAGCCAUUCACCACGCACUGCAUCAUGUGUCAGAGAGCACCAGCAGCCUCUGUGAGCAGAACCUGAGACAGGAUGAUGCCAUGGAAAUUCUGGAACCAUCUUUCACCAAGUUUGAAGAUUGGGCAAGAGCAUUUUGUUUGACGGACUCAACCAUUGAAACACUGGUGGCUCAGAAUUUGAAUUCAAGGAUGUUCCUCAUGAUGCUCAUUGAGAGUGAUGUUGAUGCACUUGGACUGACUGUUGGGCAAAAGAGAAUUUUAAUGGUAGUUGUGGAAAAACUGCAAGAAGCUGAAGCAAGGGAAGCUGCCCGGAGAGAACGGUCCAGGAAGAACCAAUUCUCUGAUAGCCAUGAUGUAGCUCUGAGGAGGCAGAAACGUGAUGGCAGUUUUUCCAGUGCCCCUCGUUGGCAGUGCUGCAAUAGGAUUAGCUGGACUGGGCGCUGUGUUUGCUGCACCACUUGUUUUGACAGCUGUUGGGUUUACAUCUGCUGGCAAUUGCUGCUGGUUCCCUGGGUGCCUCUAUGAUGUCUUCAGCCGCCAUAGCCAAUGGAGGAGCGGUUGCUGCUGGCAGUACUGUGGCUGUCCUGCAGUCAAUAGGUGCUGCUGGCAUUCCUGCAGCUGUAGAAGCUGCUGUUGUUGUCAGUGGAGCAGCUGUAGGUGCUGGGGCAGGUUACUUAGGAUAUGAUGAGUAAGAGGACUAGUGAGAGAGAAUACACCACACGGCAAAAAGGCAAACUCAAGACUAAAAUAUUGAUUGAUAAAUGAGAUUAUUGAAAUGUAUUAAAGAGCAUGGAUGAAAUAAUGGUGAUUUUUUUUUUUUUUUAUUGAACCAGUGAAAGAUAAAAUUCAAUAUUCAGGGAUAUUACUUGGGGUUUUUAGUGAAUAAUCAAGUCUUUUUGUCUAGUGAAUUUCUUUCUUUAGAUGGAUUACCUUGUUUCAGUCAUUGGUGUAAUUAUUAUUAUUAUUAUUAUUAUUAUUAUUAUUAUUAUUAUUAUUAUUAUUAUUAUUUAUUAUUAUUAUUAUUAUUAUUAUUAUUAUUAUUAUUAUUAUUAUUUAAGGUCUCCUGGUGUUACUGAUUACUUAAUCUUUUGAGGUGGUUCCUAAAACAUUUUAUGCAAAGAACAUAUUAGGGUAGCAUCCGGGGAGAAGCAGGAACUGAGGUAAGCUAUUAAGAACACUAAAGAACAUGUGGGUACCAAGACUCCUAGAGACUAACAUGGGAGGCAAGAACAGCGCUGGUCAGGGUAUUACACGUGGACUUAUGGUGUUCCCUCAUUCUCCUGUCAAAGCCUCCUAGAGAUGUGUGGUAGUUGCUAUAAAACAAUGCAAUUCUUGCUUGUGUUUCAAAAUAGCUACUUAGGGCUGGAAAAGGUACUAUAUUGUUUUUGCUGAAUCUGUGUCAUGGAAAUCUUAGAAAUUUCUGCUUAUAUGUAAACCAUUACUAAGAUUCCUCUUGUAACAUAAUAUCUGAGGUGAGGCACAGUACACAUAAGGUGAGUGUAAGGCGUGUCACAGGGAUCGGAGGCCGACUGACACCCACUCUAUUAAACCUUCAGCUUUGUGUCGGCAGAGUCCCAAAUCCUGGAUGUUCCCCUACACCCCACCUCCUCCCUUGGGACUCAGUGGCAUAUGCAUCCCUGUGAACCCUGACAUCAGAGUUACUGAUUGCAAGUUGUCCUUAAUCUGCUGGGUGUGGCAACAGUGCAGGUUCAAGGUUACCUUAGUGCACCAUAUAUGCAAGCCACAUGGACCUCCAUGGUAUGCACCAGUUUCAGAGGCCAGCUGUCUCUCUAUCUGUCUGUGUGUUGCCUGCAGAAAAAUUACACGACACUUCUAGACUAAUUUUAAGAAUGCUACAUAUUUUUUUCACAAGUAAACUAAGUACACUCUACAACAUGCAGCAAUGCAACCUGCCGGAGCUGCAGGAGGUAAGUUUGGGCACCACCCUAAAUUCAGACAGUUCAAACCAAAUUUGGCACUUGGACACAUGUAAGACAUAUUUGUGAAGUUUCUUUACUGCACUUGGGCACUGAGAUGUAAGACAUUUGUGAAGUUUCUCUCUCUCUCUCUCUCUCUCUCUCUCUCUCUCUCUCUCUCUCUCUCUCUCUCUCUCUCUCUCUCUCUCUCUCUCUCUCUCUCUCUCUCUCUCUCUCUCUCUCUCUCUCUCUCUCUCUCUCCAAAAAAAAAAAAAAAAAAAUUUAGCCCCAAAUUCUUCUGGGAACCCUGUACCCCAUUGGUACAUGUGCUAAGUUAUAAAAUGUAGGAGCCAUCCUUGGGUAUGGAUGGAGGCGGGAUUUGUGCUGAUGGGGGAGAACAGGAAUCAGAAAAUAGGAACUUGUGAUAUGUACUGUACUUUUAUAUGUUUGAUAUGAAACGCCUAGGUUAUAUGUUCCAAUAUUUGACACGUUAGCUUUCGCCACGUCACCUGACAAAAAUCCAUGUCACGGGCCUCCUGGACCCAAUAAAUGCUGUUGUCUGCUGAGA